GCGCUGCUCCGCGGAGGCUGGGCUUGUGGGGCGCGGGGAGCAAGGGUUCCGGAUCCCGGCCGCGAGAUGAGAAACCUGGGGUCGUGAGAGGUGAAAUGAUGAGUUACCCAAGUCACACAGCUAAUUAAGUAGCAGAGCUGGGAUUAGAACUCAGGUUUCCUGCCUCCUGAGAUUGUUAAAAUGAGUCUUCGGAAGCAAACCCCUAGUGACUUCUUAAAGCAAAUCAUCGGGCGGCCAGUUGUGGUAAAAUUAAAUUCUGGAGUGGAUUAUCGAGGGGUCCUGGCUUGCCUGGAUGGCUACAUGAAUAUCGCCCUGGAGCAGACAGAAGAAUAUGUGAAUGGCCAGCUGAAGAAUAAGUACGGGGAUGCAUUUAUCAGAGGAAACAAUGGUAACAUGUGUUGUACAUCAGCACACAGAAGAGAAGGAUGUGAAGACACCAAGAGAGCAGUACUUCUUCUAGUUGGAUAUAUUUUUUAUGAAGUUUUUUCUAUUUUUCUUUUUUGUGACAUAAUUUGUCCUGUUUUUAUAUAGUAGUUGUUAAUUUUUUUCACUGACAUGAGUAAGAUAAAUAUGUAAAAUUGUGGAUAAUUGUGACAUGAUCUUUCACAUUUAAGUUUCAGUUGUUUCUUUUACCUCUGCAUCAGUGUACAAAAUGCUUAAAGAAUAAAAAAGACAAAAUCUCUCUCUUCCUACAAGAUUAUUUAAAUUUCAAGCAGUGUCAUUUCAUUUGAUUUGGUGUUCUUCUCUGGCUGCCUAAAGUGAUGCUUAUAUUUUAUAUGCUGUAUGGAAAUACAAUUAAAGCAUUUUAGAGGUA